AUGUCUGAACAUGAAUCAACAAAAAAUCACGACCUUCAGUCAGUGUUCAUAAAGACUGAGAAAGCCCGCACUGGAAGAGAAAACCAAGUGUACAGCCCAGAGGGGGCAAGGAUAGUGGCUGGGUGUAUUGCUCUGAGCGAGGAUAAGCACAAAGUGAUUAUGAUCACAUCCUCAAAGCACACAAACAGAUGGAUUCUUCCAAAAGGAGGCGUUGAAAAGGACGAGAUUACGGAUUAUUCCAAGGCUGCCGAGCGUGAAACUUGGGAGGAGGCUGGUGUGUUGGGAGUUGUCACGCGGGAACUAAUGGUAGUUCACGACUUCAGAUUUAAGGGUAAAAAGAAGGGAUUGAACGUCGACACGAUAAUUGAUGGUGAGAGUAUUCCGAAGUCUGAGUUUCACUUUUAUGAGAUGACAGUUGAAGAACUUGCGACGAGUUGGCCAGAGGGCAAUAAUAGAAGUCGAAGAUGGUGCACUUAUUCGGAGGCCAAACACGAGCUAAUCAAGGCCAGAAGAUUGGAAUUGCUGGAUGCUUUGAAUGAUUCCAAUAUUAUCAAGGAUGUUCCUGUAAUUGAGGCUGGAAUCGAGGGUCAUCAGAUUGACGCACAUGAGGCUGCUGAUGAGUACUGA